AUGAAGAUAAACAUGCCUUCCUCGCACUUGUCUAGACCGGCUUCAGCCGAUGAUGAAAUUCAACCGCUUCUCGCACAAGCACAUGAUUCAACUUACAGUAUCAACUCCGCAAUGAUAUCCAAGGACAUUGAACCCGCCGCAUCGGGGCCGGACGCGAAAGCCCCCAUCUCUCACGCUACACCGGCUGAAGCCAUACACCUUGAACACAACUUGACCUUCUCACAGGCAGUUCAGCUCUACCCCGCAGCGAUUGGAUGGUCUGCAUUUGUGUCCCUUGGGGUGAUAAUGCUAGCCUUUGACCCCCAGCUACUGGGAAACCUCUACGCUACCCCUCAGUUCCAACGAGAUUUUGGUUAUGAGUAUCAAGGUUCUUAUAUCAUCAGUGCGGCAUGGCAAACUGGUCUUUCCAUGGGCAACCCAGUUGGCCAAGUAGUCGGCGCUCUUUUUGCUGCCUACCCCAUGGAUUGGUUUGGUCGCAAGCUAACCUUUACUGCCUGUGUCGGGUUAACUGCCGCCAUUGUCUUCAUCCAAUUCUUUGCACGCUCCCUGCCAGUCCUUCUUGUCGGGGAGCUUCUAGGCGGUCUCGUCCUGGGCAUGUACGUUGUUAUUGCCCCGGCCUACGCCUCUGAAGUCUGCCCAACCGCUCUGCGUGGGCAUCUGACAUCAUAUGUAAAUCUUUGUUUCGUUGCUGGACAACUUCUAGCCAAUGGUGUCACAGCCGGAACUUCGAAGCUUCAGAGUCAUUGGGCAUAUUCUCUGCCAUUCGCUCUCCAGUGGUUUUGGAUUCUCGUCAUUUUACCAGGUCUCCUAUUCGUGCCAGAAAGCCCUUGGUGGUUGGUAAGAAAGGAGAGAAUGGAUGAGGCCAAGAAGAGUCUCCGUCGCCUGGCUUCAGAGAAGGUCAACGUCGCCGCUUCUCUGGCGUUCAUCAUCGAGACUGACAGGCUCGAACAAGAGCUGGAAGCUGGAAGCACAUAUCGUGAUUGUCUUAAGGGAAUCAACCUCAGACGAACUGAGAUAUCGGUCGGUGUUUAUUGCACCCAGGUUCUCAGCGGUAUUUAUCUUAUUAACUACGGCACAUAUUUCUUUCAGCAAGCUGGUCUGCCGACUGACAAAGCUUUCGACAUGGCAGUUGGGUUUCUCGGUGUUGGUUUUAUAGGCACGGUUGUCUCCUGGUAUUUCUUGAUUCACUAUGGCCGGAGAACCAUCUACAUUACUGGACUGGCCGCCUUGGUUAUCCUACAAUUUCUCAUUGGAAUACUCGACUGUGUUCCAGGAAGGCCUUCAGGCGUUAUGUGGGCAGAGUCAUCCCUAAUGCUGGUAUGGAACUUCGCUUACGACCUAUCUGUCGGCCCGGUCUGCUUCGUCCUCCUAUCUGAGGCUUCUGCAACACGUGUACGGUCCCAGACGAUCGCUCUCGCGACCGCUGCUCAGGGAGUGCUUGGCAUCAUUAUGACUGUUGCCAUUCCGUAUAUGAUUAACCCAGAUGAAGCCAACAUGCAAGGCAAGCUCGGUUUCUUUUUUGGGGGCCUUGCCGGCCUGUGCCUCUGCUGGGCUUGGUUUCGGGUCCCUGAAACCAUGGGACGUACGUACGAAGAGCUGGACAUCCUAUUCGACAAGCGAAUUCCUGCUCGAAAUUUCAAGGGCUAUGUCUUUGAGAGCAUACCUUCCAAUAAUUCAUAA